AUGAUGGAGCACACCGCCGUCGGCGAGGAUCAGGCCAUGUCCGACCUUCGCGAUAAGCAUCGGAUGGACCGGGAGAGUUUAACGCUGACAUCACAGCCAUUCAAAACACUCGCAUUAUUUGUGCUAGCCAUUGGACAGAGUAUAAGAAGCACAUGUUCAUGUGUUCUGAAAGAAGGUUCUCGGUUGAAGUUCCUGGUUCCCUUGCUUGGUGCUACCUGUGUGCUUCUCUUGGUAACUGAUGGCCCACAUGAGAAGCAUAUGCAGGAACUGCUUUGGUAUGCCAGAUUUGGAUUAUGGUGGGUCAUACUAGGGGUGGCUUCAUCCAUUGGAUUAGGCUCUGGCUUGCACACGUUUGUAUUGUAUUUAGGGCCUCAUAUUGCCCUUUUCACAAUGAAAGCGGUUCAGUGUGGCCGGGUGGAUUUAAAGAGUGCUCCUUAUGACACUAUUCUUCUUAAAAGGAGGCCUUCAUGGUUGGAGAAAGACUGUCUGGAGUUUGGACCUCCAAUAUAUCAGGAAACAAUCCCAUUCAGCAAAAUACUGCAUGAAGUUCAUCUUGAAGCUGUUCUUUGGGGCAUUGGAACUGCACUUGGAGAGCUUCCUCCAUAUUUUAUCUCUAGAGCAGCUAGCCUAUCAGGCCAAAAAGUAGAAGAGUUGGCAGAGUUGGAUGCUUCUAUCUCAAAAGAAGGUUUUCUAUCAUCAACUCUACAUCGGGCCAAGCGCUGGCUUAUGUCUCACUCACAGUAUCUUAAUUUCCCGACAAUACUGCUACUUGCUUCGGUGCCAAACCCUCUGUUUGAUCUUGCUGGCAUUUUGUGUGGACAAUUUAACGUCCCCUUCUGGAAGUUCUUUCUGGCAACUUUAAUUGGGAAGGCUAUUAUCAAGGUUUAUAUGCAGACAACGUUGGUAAUUACUCUCUGCAACAACCAACUUCUUGAAUUGGUGGAGGAAAGGCUUGUGUGGGUGUUUAGCAAUUUCCCUGGAGUAUCAUCCAUCCUUCCCUCUUUAGUCACCAAGUUGAAGACAGCCAAGGAUAAGUUUUUAAUGGCCAGUGCUGCUGCAUCAGCUUCUAGUGCUGCGAAGGGGAAGAAGUGGAAUCUGUCGUUCUCUUUGAUCUGGAAUACCGUGGUGUGGCUCAUGAUCAUGAAUUUCAUCAUUCAGAUAAUCACUUCCACAGCACAGAGUUAUCUCAAGAAACAACAAGAGCUUGAGAUCAGCAUGAAGUCAUCAGCUACAAUGAGUUCCGCUUCUGAACCUGCUGCCGGAAUAUUAUCAAAUUAA